GCCCCUGAAGGUGUCAUAACUGUGCUCUCUCUCCCUCUCUCACUCUCUAUCACCGCCUUUCUGAUCUUUAAAAGCCUCCCUCACAGUCGGAUCGUAUCCCUCUGGCUGCCGCGCGACCGAACAGGGCUGAGCACCAAGCUGAAACAGAGGAACGUGUAAAGAAAACAGAGAACAGGGGGGUAGAAAGAGGAACACGAACGUCCAGAAAUAGCAUCAGCCACGUCCGUACAAGCAUACGAGGGAGCAUGGAGAACCUCCUGAGACCAGAGCGCAAGAAGAUGCCUUUCCUCUCCAACUUGACCGCUAUCGUGCUGUUGCUGGUGGCUCACUGUGGAUCCUGGACCACGGCCAGCCGCUUGGGCCCCCACAAGCUCUGUCCAUCCUGCAAAGACUCACUGGGUUCGGGCCGAGCCUCACGGGACCAUGUAGGGGCGUCCAACACGGCUGUCCUGGCUUUGGGGGAGCCAUGUGGGGUCUACACCCUGAGCUGUGCCAAGGGCCUGCGCUGCAUGCCUCCUCCGAAGGAGCACAGCCCACUCCAGGCUCUGCUGCAGGGCAGGGGCAUCUGCGCCAAGCACAACAAGAUGGGUCCCACAGAGAGACCGCACCCCGCAGGUCCGCAUCCUUCACACAGCAGUGAAAUUGAUAAGGCUCCGUGCCGGAAGCUGCUCAAUGCUGUGCUGCGGAGUCUCGAGCUCACCGUUUUCCAGUCUGACCGUGAUAUCUACAUCCCCAACUGUGACACUCGUGGCUUCUACAGAAAAAAGCAGUGUCGCUCCUCCAAGGGCAUGCAGCGUGGCCACUGCUGGUGCGUGGACGAGCUUGGGGUCACCAUUCCGUCCCGUGCGGGCGAGGACGGCGCCCUACCCUGCGAUGGAGAGUGACAGGCGGCAAGCGGCCCCACAGCGCUGAGCCAGGAGGAAGAAGAGGGAGAGGAGGGACGCAGGGAGAGGGGAUGACAAUUUUAGCUUGCGCUGAACACUGCCUGGCCUGGAGACACCAGGGAGAAAGUCACACCAUAUGGGAAACAAACACCCACGUCCAACCAAUCCUGACCAAUCCAAAACCAAGGUCCAUGCCCACUGCCAUAAAGCUGCCGCAAUCUUGUGGAUCAGGCAUGGGCAGUGUAAGCACAGAGCCAACGUUUAAGCUGUGGUAGGCCGCCAAGUCCCUAAGAGCUAAGGCCCUGGCCCCCAAACAGUAAAGCCCCUUUCUUUGCCAUAGCCAUCACUGCCUGUGUCUUGUGUCUUUCCAAGUAGGCUGUAAUACUGUUAAAUCAGGUGGGGCUGCCAAUUUGCAUUUAACUAACCCCUUCCUCUCCCACCAUCCCCUCUCCCUCUCUCCAAAGAUACACUGACUUAAACUAUUACGUAUGAAAGCGAAAUAUACCUUUCCGUCUAAUUUAUUCUGGAGUAUUACUCUGUUUCCUCGAAGACUCACGUACUUCUGAACUGUUGCCAUGUAACCAAGACAUCGACACACUAUCCUAUGUGCACAUGAUUUGGGAAAGCAUUCAGUCCUUUCUUUUGUGUCAAAGUGACACGCUACCCGCUAAUACAUAGUGGAUUGUUUGUACAUAAAUGCAUUUUUUUUGUUUGUUUUUGUGGUUGAUAGCUAACAUGGGUGACACGUUCCUGAGAGCUGAUGGCUGUUACUCUUUCUGAGAAGUUGUUAGGCAUAUUUUUAUAUACUUCAAUAUUAUAUUUUAUAUAUAAAUUGCAGGUUUAUUUAAUGAACUACAAUGCCAUGUAUUUUUAUAUUGUCAGCAUUUUUUCAUUAUCGAGGCACUCAUAAAAGAAAAAGCAGUGAAUACCAAACUUUAAUGGCACAUUUAUGAAAAGAAGCACACUCAUUUAAGCUUACCCUCCAGUUAUCUCGUACUGCUUAAAAUCAUUAUUAUUUCUUUUUCUGACGGUUGCUAUUUAUGUUGAGUCCGAAUUGGAAUGUACUAUGACAAUGCUUGAUUUCAAACAAUUUCUAAUUCUGUUGUAAUGCAGCAUUUCAGGAUUUUCCUUCCAAAGUCUGAUAUACAGUAUUUUCUCAAACCCAAAUGCAUAGAGGAAAUGAAAGUGCACAAAAAGCUGUGUGAUGACUCCCAAUUCACACUCAUUCUCUUGUAUUGGUGUGUGUGCCAGUGGUUGCAGGUCCUUGCAAAGGAGGUGCAAAAAAAGAAACAAAAAAAAAAUAAAAGUAUUAAUAUGGACGAAAAACACAUAUAAGCUAUAUUACCUUAUAAA